AUGACAACAGUUGAUCAAAUUGGACCAUUAGUAGCUAGUAUUAAUACAAUCACCAAGAGUUUAAUUAAAAAGAAAUCAUCUAUUGGUGGUGAUAAUGAUGGUGUUGAUUUUAGAUCUCAAAUCAAUGCUCAAAUAGAAGAAGGUAAAUCAAAGAUUCAAAAUAUUAAAGAGUUUUUAGCAAAACCAAAUCACGAUAGAAAUGAUCGUGCUAAGAUCACAAAGAUCACUGGACAAUUUAAACAGGUUUCAAGUGAAUUUGAAAAAGAAGCAUCGGAAAUCAUUGGUUUGCAAUUGGCCAAUGCAAUUGGUACUGGUGGACGUUCCAAUUCGUUGUCGAUGAACGGACGUGACAGAGGAUCAUUCUCUGAGCGUAUUCGUUUCAAGGGUGAUAAUAGCUACGCACAACAAGACUACUCCUUUGGUGAGGGUGCUCAACAACAGACAAUCAAUUUUAGACAUCUCGAGGUCACUCUUGACAAUCCUCAUGAAACCGAAGAGAUCAUUAUUCAAGAAUACAAUACAGAAGUCAAAUCGUUGGUCAAAGAUUUGGAAGCGAUCCGUGAGAUUACAAACGACCUACACAUGCUUACAGUAGAGCAAGGUGAACAACUAAAGGUUGCCGUCACCAACACAGAGGUUGCCGCCAUGGACGUGGAGCAAGGUGUUGCGGAACUAGGUGAUGCAUAUGUAUAUAAGAAGAAAUACCGUAAAAAGGUUAUCGUUAUUGUUUUCCUAUCGAUUAUUGUUAUUGGUUUAAUAGUUGGUCUUUCAGUUGGAUUGAAAAAGAGAUAA